AUGGCGUUUUUGGCGCGGCCGGCCGACCCCUUUAGCCCAGGAGAGCGUCGGCCGGCCCGCCAGGCCUUGCCGCGAGGAUUCGGAAAGGCCGCCCACAGGCCGCGGCUGGCCCUGCCGGAGAGCCCCGGCUGGUCCGGCCGCCCCCUCCGGAAUCGAGGCGAGAGGAGGCCGGUGCACUGGGCCGACGGGCGGCAUUCCAGCAGCCGCCCGCGCGCCCGGGGAAGGAGAGGAAGUGCGGCCCGGGCCAGAGAGGGCGAGGGAUCGGCGGCGUGCGGCAUUCCAGCGGAGGCCGAGUGCCGAGCGAGAGCAGAGAGGCGCAGGACUCCGGCGCAACGGCCCGGCAGCCGUGGCGCGGCCGAGCAGUCCGGAGGGCCCGAGGUGGCGGGCCCCGGCCCCAAGGGGUACCUUGUUGAUCCUGCCAGGAGCGCGUCGGAAGGAGGCCAGGUAGGCAGGCAGGGCAGGCCAAGAGAGAAAAAGGUGAGGCCAGGCCCCGCCAGCGGGGACCGAGUGCAGCCGGCCCCGUGGCAGAUCUCCGAGUGGACUGCUGUAGAGGGAGCGGGCGCCCAGCGCCGAGAGAGAGAGAAGAGAGCCCGCGCGGUCGGGCCACGGAGGGGGGCCCCCUUCCUGGUAGCCGCCGAGGCGCCGGGUGGGCCCCAAGAGGCAAGACAGAGAGACAGAGACGAGGCCUAUUCCAAACCCAUCGACCUCAG